GCCACACACUAAAACAAGACGCUGUAUGCAUUGCGCAUAGCCCUCUAGUCUACAAUCAUCUAGUGAAUGGUCCAGCCUGUCUAAGCAGACGACGCUGUAUGUGAGGAGAGAUGGGUAUAACAAUUAAAGGGGAAAUAGCGAAGUCGCUGGAGGAUCUGACGCAGAUUAACUUUGAGAAGUUUUGUCACCGGCUGCGGGACCGCCGGGAAGAGCCGCGGGUCAGGCGCAGAGCUGUGGACGGUAAAUCUAUCCUGGAGGUGGCGGACCUUUUGGUUUCAACCUUCACCGAGCACAAAGCUCUGCAAGUGACCCUGGAUCUACUGAAGCAGAUCAACUGCAACGAGGAAGCAAAGGCACUGGAAUCAAAAACCAAAGCCUGUUUGGAUAAAGGUCACCCUACUUUACCAAGGACUUCCAACGGGGAGUUGGAGACAAAGCCCUCACAAGAGGCUCGGAACCAUGUGGCUGGCCAGCGGCCUUUACAACCUGCUCAACCUGUGACGGCAAAAAGCCCUCAGGAGGUGGAGGCUGAAGCGAAGGCUUGUGUUCUCUCUGAAGGCGGUGACCUUUGUAAUGACUGGCUCAUUCUGAGCAGGUUUAUGAUUCAGUUUGGCCAGUACAAAGGUAAAACCUUCAAAUGGCUGCUGGAGAAUAAUGUGGGCUAUGCUGCAUAUCUGGUGGCCAGCCACCAGAAGGAGCAAAAGGGCACAAUGCGUCAGGAUCCAUUAAUGGCCAACAAGGAUUCCUUGACUCGAUACGUGAGUCAUUACCCUGAAGUUUGGAAAGAAGUCAGUUUUAAACGUGCAUAUGAGAAAGCCGAAGAGGGAAAGGCUGUUGUUGGCUUUGGUAUGUACUCUUCGAUGACACUGCGGGGUCUGUACGAGUCAAAGGAGCCGAGAAAAGUCAGCUAUGUUGACUUCCUCCGGACCAUGAAGGCAACCUGCGACCCAGGGACCAAAAUGGAGGUCGCUGUUUCAUACAUUUUGCAUCGUGACACAGCUCCUAGAAAGACACCGAUCAAAAGGAAACAGGUCCAAAGCACCAGAGGUCAGCCCACCAGUGUCUCAUGGCCCAUACGGAAGAAGCCUAAAUGCAGCUGGAAGAAGACAUGAUUCACCCGUCUGUCCCAUUAGUGACUGAAUCAAGCAUCUAAGGCACAGGUCUCUGUCUGAGAGCUAAUUGGCCGAGACCUACUCUUACUCUCCUACUCCUACUUUUAUAUUAUUGGUAGCAUUCAUUUAUGUAGCUGAACUCCACCCAAACCAAUUCAAUAAGCUUCUAUUG